AUGAAGGAGAACCUUUUGAUUUGCGUUUGCCAUUAGUUUGAAAUAUUAGGCGAGGAAAGCGUGUUGGGCUUAAAAAAAAGAGACUUCUCGAUUUAAGCAAGUACCUUAGAUAGCUAGGUGUACAGAAUAAGUCAUUAUGAUUUAGAGAAUGUUUAUAAAAAUCUGACCAAUAACAGGGAGGAUAAUUAUUUUAAUUUGCUAGAGUCGCUUAUUCAAAAAAGAGAAUGGAAAUUAGAUAGAUUUUCUGAACUUUUCAACAAGUUCCUUAAGGAGAGAAAACUGAUGCAUUCAAAUACAAUUAAUUAUGCAAGACUAACUUCAAUUCACUCAUCUUCAUAAAGAAAAAUAGCUUUAUCAUAAGGGGCAUCACCUAAUAAUUUGAAAUUAAAGGCAAUACAAAACUAGUACUCAGCUAAGUUAAACUUCACAAAUGCUUUUUAAUCCUUAGGAGAGUACACGAAAUAAGCAGAAGAAGAUUAAGUUCAAGAAACAUCAAAGUUUAGAUCAUAUAGUUAAUCUAUAGGUCAAAAGAGUUCUUCUCGAUAGUAAUCUCAAAGAUAAAUUAAAGCAUCUCAUAGAUCAUAAACAUCUUCUUCUUCGUCUGAAGAUAAUAAUAACGAAGAUUAAUAAUCAAUAAAUUAGUUUACAGCAAAGCCAAAUAAUGAAUAUGAAGCUAAUGAUGGCAGUAAUAAAUGUAUUGAGCAAUAUGAUUAAAGCUAAAACUAAAAUUCAUCAAUAAUUUAAAAACUUUUUGAUCCAGAUUCCUACUACAAAAAGUUAUAAUUAAAGAUUAAAAAAGCAAACGACAUAAAAUAAACCAAAUAUUAACCAUAAAAAUUGGAUCAUAAUAAAAUUUUAAAUCUAGACUACACACCUUAAAGCUCUAGAAAAGAGAACUAGAAUUAAGAUUCAAACAAAUCACCUAAAAUUAAAUAAUUCAAUAAGUAUUCUUUGUCACCCUUUAAUAAUGGCUUUAAAUAGGAUCAGUAGAAAAAUCAGCAAUAGUACCAACUAAAAUUGAAUUAAUAAAAUCCUAAUUUUAAAUCUUAGACUGGUAAAAUGAAGCUCAGUGAAGAAGAUGAAAAAGCUCUUGAAGAUUACUACAAACUAAAAAUUUUACCUAUAAGUGUAGUCUUUAGUAAAGCUGAUGAGUCCAAUCAAAAAAGGAUUUCAUCAAGCAACGACUAAAUGCUUUAAAGAUUAAAAUUAUUAGGAAUUGAAACUCCUAAAAAGAGCUAAUUAAAUAAAACCUAAGAUGAUGUCUCUCCUAAAAAAGCUUUUAAAAUCAGAAAAAGUGAAUCAACAGGUCAACUACAUAAUUAAAAUCUCAACUCUCCUGCUCAUUCAAAAGAAAGCGAUAGACAAAAUAAUAGGUAAAGUUCUGUACUUAAAGCGAGUUAAUUUUAGCAGAAAUAGAAUUAGCGAGCGUCACUAGAUCAAAAUAGCUUUAUUUAGAUCAUAAGAGAAAAAAACGGUUCUAUUUCAGAACAAAAAAUAAAUCCAGGAAAUACACCUAAAUUAAAUAAUAGCACCUUAUCAAUCAUCAAGGAAUAAUACAACUAGAAUGAUGAAGGUAUGUCAAAGACUUAGUAAAAUAUAAAUGAAAAUAUGAAGCUUUAAGGUGAAGUAGGAAACUUGCUAAAAAAAGAAAAAGAAGAAUAAGAAUAAUACAAGAAGUAAAAGUAAUUCAUAGAUACAAUGAAAUCAUAUGCUGAUGUUUACAAACUUGUUGAAAUGAAUUAUUUAGAAUCCCAUUCUAUCAAAGCACAUUAGUUGAUGAAAGAAACUAUGGAUGAUAUGAAUUUAAUACGCAAAUUCGCUUAGCAAACUUAUAAAAAAAAUACAAAUUCAAUAGUAACUAACUUUGCCAAAUAAGAAUUUUAGAAAAAGCUCAUGAAAAAAUAAAAGCAAGAAAAAUUUGAAAAGCUAAAGAAAAGAGGUCUUAUCAAUGAGAAUGAGGUUAAUAUGGAUGACUCUAUUGAACUGAAUCAGCACUUGAAGAAAAUAGCCGAUUUAUAGUAAUAAAUCUAUGAUAACAUUAAUGAUCCAACAGGUUCUCGAUCUAAUAACUAUAACUUUGGUGGAUUAAAAAAGAGAAAAGUAGGAGUAUAGUUGAGUGAUUAAAUUAAUCUUUUUCAAUAAAUGCCAGCUUUUCAACAAUCAAUACCUCAAACAAAUGAAAGCAUCACUGAGGAAUCUCUUUCAAAUAUAUCUUAAGUAUAAAUAAAUGAGAAUCCUUCUAAAAAUGCAAUCUCAAAUAUAAUAGAUAACUAGAAAAAGGAUGAAAAUUUAAUUAAAAAUGAAAGUAAUCAAAACUAAAAGUAAUAAAUCCUUUAAAAAAAGACUAUGGGCGUGUUAGCCAUGAUGCAAAAAUAAUAUAAACAAAGUAUUGAUUAACCAAUACAGAAAAACCUAGAAAUAUUUAAUUUGAAGAAUAAAUUUUAGAAAAGUGCCUAGCUUAGAUUGUUUAAAUAGCUUAAAUAAGAAGAAUAAAAUUCUAACAAUAAAGGUCUAUCAAUCUUCAAUACACUUGGACAAAUAAAUAAAAAAAAUGAAAUAAAAGAUAAAAUAAAUAAAUUUGAACCAUAAAAAAGUAUGGAGGCUUUUGUGUAAAGAGGUUUUUAAAGGUAGUCAAAUACUUAGUACUUAAGCAAUCUAUUUUUUGGAUAAAUUAGUCAUUCAAAAGACCAUAAAGAACCAAAUGAUACUCAUUCAAAACUUCCAAAAAAUGGUUUAUUCUCAAAUUAAAGUAUUGGUAGUCUAAAUUAAAACUAAACAAAUACCACUCUGAAACCUUACUAGCACAUUAAUAAUAUAAAACCAAGUGAAUUCUCACAAUUUAAUUCAGUGUGGGAUAAUAGCAAAAAAUAAUUACAAUUUUAAAGAAUACUUAACUACAAUCGCUGA